GUCCGCAGGACAACCACAUUUUUUUUCUUAUUUCGAGCACUGAAUUCGUAUGUAUUGGCAGCAACGUACAAGAGUACCUGCAAUAUCAGAUACGAUGCCUCGUGACAGAUUUUUCAAAAUAAGAAACUACUUAAAAGUUGUUGACAAUAAUGCUGUCACAGAUAAUGAAACUGAAGCAGACCGGUUAUGGAAAGUUCGUCCUUUUCUUGAAAAGAUAAGAAAAACAUGUGUGGCACUAUCACGUGAACCAGAUGUUUCGGCUGAUGAGCAAAUGAUAGCCUUUACUGGGAGAUGUCCAGCACGGCAGUAUGUACAUAGAAAACCACAUCCCACCGGCCUUAAAAACUUUGUUUUGGCUGGAGCUUCAGGCAUUGUAAUGGACUUUGAAGUAUAUCAAGGAGCACACACAUUUGACAAUUAUGAACUAGAUGGUAAAAAGACUGGUCAGGGUAUAGGGGCUGUUUUGUGUCUCGUAGAAACACUGAGUAUAGGACAUCGACUAUUCUGUGACCGUUUCUUUACUACAGUGCCACUGAUAUUAAAUUUGAAGGAGAAGGGCAUCAUGCUUACUGGUACCAUUACAAAGAGAUGUCUGCCGGUCACAGUGCCAGUGAGUUUCACCGGAGAUAAACAUAUGAGUGCCCUAGGUCGUGGAACGUGUAAACAGUUUGUAUCAAGCAGUGACAUUGCAAUAGUGAAAUGGUAUGAUAAGAAACCAAUUUUGAUUGCAUCAUCGGCUUUUGGGGUGGAGCCACAGGACACAUGUCGACGUUGGUCUAAGAAAGAUCGUGAACACAUUGAAGUGAACAAACCUUUCCUCAUUUCCAAGUACAAUCAAUCAAUGGGUGGAGUAGACCUGUGUGAUAGGAUGAUAGCCUAUCACUAAAUGGGCGCUCGCACUCGCAAAUGGCCUGUGAGAACCAUUAUCCAUAUCAUGGACCUUGCUUUAAGCAACUGUUUGAUUGGGUACCGCCUUGACAAUCCGCAAACAAAACUGCAGUUGUACGACUUCAGACUUGCAGUUGUGUUGUCUUUAAUUCGUGCUGAGAAUGAGUCAUCUAGUUCAGACAGUGAUGAACCUCAGGAUUGUGAAAGUGCCAUUGCACCACUACCAGAUCAUGCAUUCCGACAACGGUC